CCCCGCCGCGAACAGGAGCUGCGAGUUUUUAGGUUCAAUUCGGAAGGGAAAGGAUGGGGAAGAAUAGGAAGAUGAAGCAAGAUGCCGGUGGUGGUAGUCAGCACAGCACGGCCACCGUCUUCGUUAACAAUAUGCCCUACACUUUCUCCAACUCUCAGCUGGAAGAAACAUUCAGUGAUGUUGGACCAAUUAGGCGGUGUUUUAUGGUUACACAGAAAGGGUCGACUGAACACCGUGGCUUUGGUUUUGUUCAAUUUGCUGUGACUGAAGACGCUAACCGUGCAAUUGAGCUGAAAAAUGGUUCCUCCGUUGGAGGUCGAACCAUUGGAGUUAAACAUGCAACGCAUAGGGCUCCUCUUGAGCAGCGGCGAUCUAAAGGAAAUGAAGUGGUUCCAUCUAAUGAUACCAUCAAGGCAAAGGACGGUGAGGAUGAUAAAACUCUUAUCACUGAUGACAUUAUCAAGACAAAGGAUGGUAAGGAUGAUUCAGUGUUCCACUCUGAGGAUGUUACCAAGACAAAGGAUGACAAAGAUGAUUUGUUGACGCCAAUAGUAAAGCAUAAGCUGGCUCCUGAUUCUCAAGAAAAAGGCAAAGUUGUUAAGCUGAAGAAAGCAGUGACCCCCUUAAAGACCGAACGUGUAGAGGACAUUUCACCUAUCAAAAAUCUGCCUUCUGAUUCUCAAGAAAAAGGCAAAAUUGUUAAGUCGAAGAAAGCAGCGACCCCCUUAAAGACCGAACGUGUAGAGGGUGUUUCAUCAAAAAAGCAGAGGGUUGCUAGGACAGUUGUAAUUGGUGGAAUUCUCAAUGAUGAUAUGGCAGAGGAUGUUCAUCGUCUUGCCAGGGAGUGUGGGCCAGUGUCUUCCAUAACUUACCCUCUUCCCAAAGACGAGAUUGCACAUCAUGGGCUUCUUCAAGAUGGAUGCAGAUUGGGUGCCUCAUCUAUAGCUUAUGCUAGUGUCAAAUUGGCCCGGGCUUGUGUUGCAAAGUUACAUCAGAAAACUUUAAAGGGGGGCACGGUUUGGGCACGCCAGUUUGGUGGAGAAGGUUCCAAGGUACAAAAAUGGAAGCUUAUAAUAAGGAAUCUUCCUUUCCAGGCGAAUGUUAAUGAGAUCAGAGAAAUGUUUUCAACAGCAGGCUUUGUAUGGGACGUGUUUAUUCCCAAAAAACCUGAUUCAGGGCUAUCGAAGGGAUUUGCUUUUGUCAAAUUCACAUGCAAGCAGGAUGCAGAAAAUGCUAUCCAGAAGCUUAAUGGAAAAAGUUUUGGCAAAAGGCCCAUUGCUGUUGAUUGGGCUGUUCCUAAGAAAAUUUAUACAGCUGGUAGUCAGAUUACUAUAAAAGAUGGACAGAAAGAAAGUGACGAAGAGGAUUCCAGUAGUGAUCUGGAGGAUGACCUUGUGGAACUGGACAAAAACACGCAGCAUUCUCAUGGAGCUGCUGUUGUUCCAGAUGGCUCUGAUUCAGUAGAGGAAGAAGUGAAUUUCGAUGAGGAAGCAGAUGUUGCAAAGAAAGUUCUAAACAACUUCCUUUCUUCAUUGAAUGAGCCUACUGCUUCUGUCAAUGGUGAUAUCAUCUUGCCUCAGAGGAAACAGGAUGAGGAAACCAUCAACGUACACAACAAAUUAUCUGACGGGCCCACAACUGUUCCACACGUAUCAAAACCUGAAAGUUUGACCAAAACUGAAAAUACCAAUUUUAAGCCCGCUGAGUCAGAAGAAGAUUUGCAGAGAACACUCUUUAUCUGUAAUCUUCCUUUUGAUGCUACUACUGAUGAAGUAAAACAGCGGUUUUCAGCAUUUGGUGAAGUCCAGUCGUUUGUUCCUGUUCUUCAUCCAAUCACCAAGAGACCAAGGGGAACCGGAUUUCUUAAAUUUAUAACAAUGGAUGCCGCUGAUGCUGCUUUUUCAGCAGCAACUGCUGUAACUAGUUUGGGUAUUAUCCUCAAAGGCAGACAAUUAAAAGUUUUGAAGGCUUUGAAUAAGAAAGCAGCUCACGAUAAGGAAGUAGAGAAGACGAAAAAGGAAGAGCAUGACCAUCGCAAUCUCUACUUAGCUAAGGAAGGUGUUAUUCUUGAGGGUACUCCAUCUGCCCAAGGAGUUUCUGAUAGCGACAUGUCGAAGCGUCGAUCGUUGGAGCAGAAGAAGGAAACUAAGCUUCAAUCCCCGAACUUCCACGUUUCAAGGACGAGACUCAUCAUGUACAAUGUACCCAAGUCAAUGAAUGAAAAGCAACUUAAAAGACUUUGCAUAGAAGCAGUUACAUCUCGAGCUACAAAACAAAAACCUACGAUCCGACAGAUUAAGUUGUUGAAGGAUUCUAACAAAGGAAAAGAAAUUUCAAAGAAUCAUUCUCGUGGGGUUGCUUUUAUCGAGUUUACAGAGCAUCAGCAUGCGCUUGUGGCUCUAAGAGUUCUUAAUAAUAAUCCUGAAACUUUUACUUCCGAGCAUCGUCCAAUUGUGGAAUUCGCUCUUGAUAACGUUCAGACAUUGAGGCAGCGUAAUGAUAAGAUCGAAGCUCAGCAGCACGGAUUCAGCAAUGAUGCACACGGCUCAGGGAAAAACGCUAAUUUUCACAAACCAGUCAACCAGCCAAACGACGAAUCAAAAAAACGCAAAACCCGAGGUCCAACGAAAGAAAGUAGGAACGAUAAGACUGUCGAAACAGAAGGAGCUGCUUCCGAGGGAGGUAAACCCGCCAAAAAAUACAAGACUCCUUUGAAGAAGCUUACAGACUCUAAGGACCAGUUGGCAGUCCAAGAAGAAAAAAGACCGAAUGGUCGAAGUGCAGCCAUGGAAGGAACCACGUCCGGUUCAGCUAGGCCUACGGAGAUUAUUAAAAAACGGUCAAGAGAUCCCAAAGAACCGCAGGAUGAAGAAACAGGUUCGAUGAAAAGAAGGAAAAAUAGACAAAAUAAGGACCCGUUAGGACAAGACACAGUGGAUAAACUUGACAUACUUAUCGAACAAUACCGAUCCAAGUUCUCGGGAAACCGAACCGACAGAAACGAUGGCCAAAAGCAAGGUACCAGACGGCUCGGCCGGUGGUUCCAGUCAUAGUUUCGGUAUCAUUCUCUCAGGCAACUCCAUUCUAGUUUUCCUUAUAAUCCUUCCUCUUAGAACACUUGCACCAUUUAAAAUUUCAAAAAUCCGACCUUUUAUAGUGUUUUUUCAAGACAGUUUCUUGAUUUAUGAUCAAAUAUUUGGUGCCAGAUUUCAUCAUAUUCUAGUGCCUAUUUUGCUUGUGCUGAAAAAAGUGGAACAUUGAUGAUUCUUGAAGUGAGCCUGCUGGGACCAUUUGGCUGGGCUACUGUUUAAAUAGCAACCAUAGUGGGUACCACCCUAAUUUGUAUUGCAUUAAAUUGACGUGUUAAAU